ACAACAGGGGCAUCAUUGUAUAACAUUUAAACAACAUGGUGAUAAUUGUAUCAUUCCAUACCACAAGGUAGUUAAACCAAAAUAAGCAUAGCCACACCGCUCAUCAAAUAAAUCCCCAAAUUUGGGCAAAAACCAACCCUCAAAAACACACACAAAAACUAGGGUUUCCAAUUUUCAUCAUCCACCAGCAUGCCGAAGAACAAGGGAAAGGGAGGAAAGAAUCGCAAGAGAGGAAAGAACGAAGCCGACGACGAGAAGCGUGAGCUCGUUUUCAAAGAAGACGGUCAAGAAUACGCACAGGUCCUCCGUAUGCUCGGCAACGGCCGUUGCGAAGCCAUGUGUAUCGACGGCACCAAGCGUCUCUGUCACAUCCGCGGUAAGAUGCACAAGAAGGUCUGGAUCGCCGCCGGUGACAUCAUCCUCGUCGGUCUCCGUGACUAUCAGGAUGACAAGGCUGACGUCAUCCUCAAAUACAUGCCUGAUGAGGCUAGAUUGUUGAAGGCGUACGGUGAGUUGCCGGAGAAUAUUAGGUUGAAUGAGGGGAUUGCUGGUGGACUUGAUGAGGAGGAUGAUAACGCUGGUGAUGAUUAUAUCGAGUUUGAAGAUGAAGAUAUUGAUAAAAUCUAGGGUUUGGAACCGAGAUGUUUGCCUUGGAUUCGGUUAUUAUCGACAACGGAAUUGAGCGAGUUCGGAGAAAAGGUAAAGAUUAGGGUUUGUAAAACGUCAUAUCUUUGAAUGUGGUUUGGUUUUUAAGAAUUUGAAGUAUAAAGAUGUUUAUGUGUAAGGUGUUGGAUGAUUACUGGAUUUAUUCAUAAGUGGUUUGUGUUAUUGGUGAUAUUACUUACAAAGUUAAUAAUGGUGAUAUUAUUAUUUGAAGGUAA